AUGGGCAUUUCAGGGGACAGUGUGGACACUGCAGCGUGGUUGGUGGCCUUCACCAGUCCUGCCAGCCCAAGGGCUGCACCUAGCGCGCGCAGCGGCAGGGCGGUCCAUUGUCAACAGACCCCCAGAGAGCAGAAGGUCUCCUGGGGCACAAGUUCUCCCGACGCAAUCUUCUCUCUGGCCAAGGGACCCGGGAGCCACCUAAAGCAGGAGAGCGAGCGGGCAGGGAUGCCACCCACCAGACCUGGGCUCGCAGCCUCCUCCCCAAGCGUCCCCCAAUCGCGCGCGCACGAGACGGUGACGGCUUCGCCCUCGAUCCCCAAGUUCAAGUCCGAGCUCCCGGGUACCCCCCCACCAGCCGCUCCCGGCCCUGGGGGCGCCGAGUCCACCGAGGGAGCCCCUCCCCCCUCGCCCCGCCCGGCCUCGGGGACGCCGUCGUCCGGGGAGGAGGGAUGCGCGCGGGGCACGACCACGCGUGGACACUUACUCCACAGGCUACAUAGUUUCGCUCCCGGCCCCACCUGUGGGCUGCAGCGGCACCUUCCGGGCCCUCAGCCGGGACCUCAGCGCCCACCACCCCUGCGCCGCGGCUCCACGCCUCAGCCCACCCCUCUACCCCGCCCCCGGGCCUCCGGAUGA